CCGAACUCAAACCCCAAACCCAAAAGUGAAUUGUUUCCAAAGAAAGAAACAUUAUAUCAAACCAAGAAAGAAUAUAUUCACAAACAAAACCCUAAUUUUCUAUCAUCAUAUUUUUUCAGCUUAUUUUUAAAUUAAAUUUCACAGCGGUGUUGUAACUACCCACCUAUAAUCAUGGCUGCUAGGAUUCUUGCACAAUUACUUGUAAUGGGCGGUGGAAUUUUGGCUAGGGGAGUUGUUCAAGCGUAUCGCAAGGCUCUUCAGAAUGCCUCCCACACAGGUGUUGCUCAAGAAACAUUAAAUAAUGCUGUGCGUAGAGGAAAAGGUAUGACUGAACUAGAGGCCCGGCAAAUUCUUGGUGUGAGCGAGAAGUCAUCUUGGGAGGAAGUUGCAAAGAAACAUGAUAUUUUAUUUGAACGGAAUGAAAUGAGUGGAAGUUUCUAUCUGCAGUCAAAGGUUCGAAGGGCGAAAGAAUGCUUGGAGACAGUUUAUCAACCGAAAGAUCAGCCAGGUGGUCCUGUGGGUUGACUUGUUGACUUAUCAUUUCAAUUUAUUUCUACCUGUAGACCUUUAAAAUCAUUUGUAUAUUUGUAGUCUGAUGGCUUGCUGAGGAAGAUGAGUUUUGUAUUCUUAGAUCUUGCUUUUGUAAGCCAUUGUCGGCCACCUUUGUAUGUUGUGUGACCAUGGUAUAAGGACUGCAGUAAUAUGAGUCUAAAUAAGUUUACACUCUUGAUGAUUAUGAGUUUAUGACUCAUGUUUGAUUA